UGGUUCUGGAAGAAGAAGAGAAUAAACAAAAAAUUACGCUAAAAGUUGUUAGUUGCGCACAUUAGCGUGGUUUAGUUAGCAAUAUUUUGUAUAUUAUGACUGAAAAAGUAAUAACGCGAUGUUCUUGGACUCAAACGGCUGGAAACGAGCUGUCCGAAUUGGUACAGACACGCCUCUCUGAGGAUGAUGUCUUUGUGAAGCCCGACUUGGACGAUGCUAUCAAAGAGGAACGCGCUGUGCUCUUUUCGGACAUUGACUCGCCUGGCAUUCCGUGUGAGCUGCAAUUUAAAAUCUCUCCUCGUUUCAAAAUUGCUGCUUUAACAAUCGUGUGUAGCGCUCCCAAACUGGAGCUGUUUCUGGGUCCCGCACAGGAGUACUUUGAGACCAUUUAUGGGAUAUUAAUUGAUGAGGACGGUGGCGAUGUGCUAAUACAACCUUAUCGUUACGAUGUAGAAAUCGAUCGUUCUGGAAUAGCCGACAUCGAUCUAAAGCUGCUUACAUCUGCCAAAGAAGUUUUUAUUUAUGGCGCGAUGUUGCACAUAGCGCCAAAUCCAAAUGGCAUCACUACACAGCUGCAGAAGCCAUUCGAUUUGGUUAAAAUCCAAGAGCUUCUUCAAAGAGGAGGCAGCAGUGGCAGUCAAAGCAAAACCGAGGACAAUGAGGAGAAAAUUCAAAAGUUUAUGUCUAUAAUGAAGGGAAUUACUAGCCACUCACAGUCUCAAGAGCCAGCCCCUGAUGCUGAUACUAAUCUUGUUGGCCUUUAUCAGCAUAUUGACUCCAAGCUCGAACAGUUAGAGCUAAAUAUUUCCAAAAGACUGGAUGAAUUCGAAGCCCAACAAACCGAAAAGUUGGAUAAAAUUAUUGCAAUACUCGAAAACAAAAACUAAAUGGUCAAAUCGUAUAUUAUAAUCAAUUGUUUUAAAUGUAUUUUUUAAAUGUUAUUUAUACAUGUCUAUUUGCAAUCGUCAGCAUUUAUAAACAACUAUAUGUGAUAAUA